AUGUCUUUUAAGAAACAUCAUCUUCGCAUUGUGCCACACCUCGAUACCUCACAUUCGCUUGUGUUUGAUAUUAUAGAGCGUGAUUUACUGAGCAAUACUGUCUUGAAGAUUGGUAGAUUUACCGAUAGAUUCUUCAAUAUGGAUCGGAUCACAUUCAAAAGCAAAGUAGUCAGUAGAGGACAUGCUGAGAUUUGGGUUGAGAAUGAUAAAUUUUACAUUAAAGACACCAAGUCUUCUUCUGGUACCUUUGUCAACAGAGCAAGGCUUAGCCCACCUAGUCAUGAAUCAAAGCCUUACCAACUACACAAUGGGGACAUUAUUCAGUUGGGUGUUGAUUAUCAAGGCGGCGUUGAAGAAAUCUACCGUUGCGUCAAGAUGAAGAUAGAGAUCAACCAACCUGCGUUUGGCAAAAGCCCAUCAGCAUUUGGAUUGAAUUCCUUCAAAUCGCUGAGAAACAUAUCCAACGCAGCAAAUGGGCCUGAUACGGUGGAUGAAUGCUGCAUCUGCUUGUACGCUAUUGCACCAUUUCAAGCGUUAUUUGUUGCUCCCUGUUCACACUCAUUUCAUUUUAAAUGCUGUUAUCCUUUAUUGCAGAAUUAUCCCGGAUUCAAUUGUCCUUUAUGUCGGUCGUAUGCUGAUUUAAAUGCUAAUGUGGCGAUUGAUACCGAUGAGGUUGUUCAAAUGCUGAAAAGCCAACAAAUCGAGAACAACACUCGUAAUAUACCUUCAUCCUCAGCUAAUUUCACUAUAGACAAAGUUGAUGAUAUCUCGCAUGUACAUUUGGAGAAUCUCGUUUUAUCUGACAACGACGACAUUGUAUCUUGA